AUGCGUCUCACUGCUGCUAUUGUUGUGCUCGCCGCCGGUAUCGUCGCUAGAGCUCAACUAUCUAAUAUCCCCCAAUGCUCUCUUACUUGUUUCACCACGACCCUUGCCGGGGACGGCUGCUCUGAGCUUACGGAUUUCGCGUGCCAUUGCCAAAAGCCUGGGCUCGCAGCGGAGAUUGUGCCCUGCAUUAAUAAAGCCUGUGAUGUCGCGGACCGACAAGCCGUAUCCAGCGUCGUUGAAUCCUUGUGUUCCGGUGUUGGCUAUCCAAUCUCUCUCCCCGCGGUGGACACGUCGGCUCCCACAUCGACUGCUGUAGGAGGUAUCCCAACCUCAACGACAAGCUCCAAUUCUACCACAGUCAGUGGUCUCGGUUCAAGCUCCGAUUCUACCACGGUCGGCAGUUUCGCGUCAAGCUUCAAGACUUCGUCGGCGAUCAACGCAGCUUCUCCUCUGAGCACCUCCCAGUUCAACGGUGCCUCUGGCAUUGCACCCGGAGCUGUUCAGAUGGUUGGUAGUGUCAUCCUGUUAUCCAGCAUGCUCUUCUUUAUUUGA